AUGGGUUAUGCAGCGACAUUCUUACGCUCUCAGCUUUUCACCAAGCUGCCUUACCCAAACUCAAGCUUCGCUGGUCAGACUGUCAUCGUGACUGGAAGCAAUACUGGUCUUGGCCUUGAAGCUGCUCGACACAUCGCUCGUCUGGAAGCUACUAAGGUCAUUCUUGCAUGCCGUACAGUCACGAAGGGUCAAGCUGCAGCAGCAGAUAUCACAGCAUCCGAGCACCUCACGUCCGAUCACAUCGAAGUGUGGGAGCUGAACCUUUCCAGUUAUGAGUCCAUCAGAGCAUUCGCUCAACGUGUGCAGCGCCUUGAUCGUCUUGAUGCUUUCAUACAGAAUGCAGGCAUAUUGACCACCGAGUACAGACUUGAGGAGGGCGAAGAAAGUACCAUCACCAUCAACGUGACCAGCGCGACUCUUCUCGGACUGUCAGUCCUUCCCAAGCUACGAGAAAGUGCCAACAAGUUUGGCGUCCGCGGCAGAUUGACAUUUGUGGGGUCUGACCUUCAAUACAUUGCCAAGUUCAAGGAAGCCGAGACAACAGGUUCGCUGUACGCAGCCUUGAACAACAAGGAGGGUGUCGACAUGGACGACAGAUAUAAAGUCUCAAAACUUCUGCUGCUCUACACAGUACGUGAGAUGGCUGCUCGUAGUCCGAUGGGUCAGGACUCCAACGUCAUAAUCGACUAUGUGACUCCUGGAGCGUGCAAAUCCGACCUCUUUAGAGAUGAUGCCUCAUGGAUCCAAAAGCUGAUCAUGAAUAUCAUGAUCUUUAUCAUCGCCCGUACGACUGAGCAAGGAAGCCGCACGCUUGUUCAUGCUGCAAGCCCUGAUAUCAGCACCAACGCUCAUGGCGCGUUUUUGAUGGAUUGUCAAGUCUUUCCCAAUGGUGACAACGUCGAUAGUGAGAAGGGACGCAAGAUGCAAAAGAGAUUCACCGAAGAGCUGUUUGCGAAACUUGAGACGAUUCAUCCAGGCAUCACUUCCUGCCUCUGA